CGCACAUCCGGGGGCCGACCCUGGGGCUGUCUCCCGGUGCCGGUGUGUAGGUAGGGUACUCGUGCAUUUCCUCCAUCAGGUAUGCACCAGAGGAGGAGACCGGGGUGGGAAUGUGUGACCACAACGUUGCCUUUUGAGGCCAGGCCAGUCUUAUCCCUCGCAGUCGGGGGAAACAGGCUUGGAGAGAGGGCGUGCUUACCUGAGUCGUUGACAACGUCCUUGAGGAUUUGGGACGGAGGUUGUGUCGAGACUUCAAGCUUUGCUUCCUUCCGGAACUGGGGUGACAACAACAUCUGAGAAACAGAAGACUGGAGAACCAGAGCCCAUGGCUGAUCCUUCCACACUGGCCCAGCCUAGGGAUCACUCCCAGCACCUCUCCCUGUGACUGGUAUCACAAGGGAGACUUAGGAACUCGCAAACACUUCUCUAAGACAUGAAGCUUUGGGGGCGAAUACUUUGGACCCUUCUAUCUGGUCCCAGGGGAAGGACGGGAGCCUCCCAGGGUUGGUCCUUCAACUCAUGGAAGCUUCGUUCAUCUCUGACUGGACUGUUGAGUGCCACAGGGGUGGUCAGCCAGUGGACACAGGUCUUUGAGGAAAGAGGUAUCCCAGAGGCCCGGGAAUCCAGUGAGUACAUCGUGGCUCAUGUCCUUGGAGCCAAAACAUUUCAGAGCCUGAAACCAGAACUUUGGACCAAGCCACUGACCCCUAAACAACUGCAGUGCAUCCAGGAACUGUGUAGCCAUCGAUUACAGAGGAUGCCGGUGCAGUAUAUCCUUGGGGAGUGGGACUUUCAGGGGCUCAGUCUGAAGAUGGUACCCCCAGUGUUUAUUCCACGGCCAGAGACGGAAGAACUGGUUGAAUGGGUUUUAGGGGAAGUGGCUCAGCGGCCCCCUGCAGUGGGAGCCCAAGGUGGUCCCCUCAUUCUGGAGGUGGGCUGUGGAUCAGGAGCCAUUGCCCUCAGCCUGCUGAGUCAGCUCCCUGAGAGUCGAGUCAUUGCUGUGGAUAAGGAAGAAGCUGCUGUUAGUCUGACCCGUGAGAAUGCUCAGAGGCUUCAGCUGCAGGACAGGAUUCGGAUCAUUCCCCUUGAUGUGACCUCAGAAGAGUGCUGGACACGCCUUUUGCCCUGGGGCCCUGUGGACGUGGUGGUCAGUAACCCUCCCUACAUCUUCCACAAGGACAUGGAAGAGCUGGCCCCAGAGAUCUGCAGUUAUGAAGACCCCGUGGCCCUGGAUGGUGGUGAGGAAGGCAUGGACAUCAUUACCCACAUCUUGACCUUGGCACCCCAGCUCUUGAGUGCCUCUGGAAGCAUCUUCUUAGAAGUGGACCCAAGGCACCCAGAGCUUGUCAGGAGCUGGCUUCAGAGCCGGCCGGACCUGCGCCUUAGUCUUGUGGCUGUACGUGAAGACUUCUGUGGGAGGCUCCGGUUCCUGCAUGUCCAGAAGUCUGCACCAUAGUGUGGCUACUCUGUGAACAGCUGGCCAGGAUUCUAGCCUGCUGGGUGCCUGGCUGAUCCUGAUGGAAUACUGCUCAGAGGGAGGCGUUAACGCUUUCCAGAACCCCAGGCAGGGCCCAUGGUUCUGUGAUUCCCCAUGACGGAUGCUUCUAGGAGACUUGGAAACAAGGAUGGAGUGUUCUUCCUGGGGGAGCAGAGAACGGACUCAAGAGCUGGGUUUCCAGCCUAGCUCUUUCCCCUCACUGUAGCAGGCUACUUGGUGUUCCUGUCGCUGGAAUUGCUGUGAAGAGGUUGGGAAAUGUGGCCAGUCAAGUAUUGAGAGAGCAAUAAACGGUAAACCAGU